AUGUCUAAGAGAUCUCACAAUAGCGAGGAUGAAGAUAGAAACGUCUCAUCGAGAACUAAUUUAAAUAAUUUACCAAUCAAUAGCAAAGCUAAAGUUAUUGUUGAAGAUAUCGAUAAUGAUCAAAUCAAUGAGUUUGAAGAUCAAUACAGUGAUGAAUUUGAAAGUGAUGGGGAAAUUAUGGAAAUAGACGAUGAAGAUGAUGAAGAAGAAGAUGAAAAUUUGAAUGAAGAAGAAUUUAAUCUUAAAACAAAAGAAAAAGCUGAAAACAUCAUUGCUAAAGAUGAAGCUUCCAAGGAUAUCAGUAAUGCUACUGGUAACAACUUAUAUUUACCAAACAUUUCUCGUCCUUUAGGUCCCGAUGAGGUGUUGGAACCAGAUAUGUCUGUUUAUGAAAUGCUACAUAAUGUGAAUUUGUCAUGGCCUUGUAUGUCCUUAGAUAUUAUUCCAGAUUCAUUGGGGAAUGAACGUAGAAAUUAUCCACAAUCAAUAUUAUUGACUACUGCUACUCAAGCCUCCAAGAAGAAAGAUAAUGAAUUGAUGAUUUUACAAUUAUCUCAAUUGACAAAGACUUUGUUGAAAGAGGAUGACGAUGAUAAUGACGACGAAGAUGAUGAAGAUGACGAAGAUAGAGAAUCGGAUCCUAUCUUGGAAGAUGCAAACGUUGCAUUAAGAGAUACUACAAAUAGAUUAAAAGUCACUCCCUUUGCUACUAACAAUAAUCAAGAAAUAUUAACCGCUACCAUGAGUGAAAAUGGUGAAGUUUAUAUCUUUGAUAUUAUUAAUCAAGUGAAGUCAUUCCAAAUACCAGGCUAUCAGGUUUCCAAACAAUCCAAGAGACCAAUACAUACUAUCAGAAGUCAUGGUAAUGUGGAAGGGUUUGGUCUUGAUUGGUCACCACUUAUCAAGAGUGGUGCUCUAUUGACCGGUGACUGUUCAGGCGAAAUCUUUUUAACUUCAAGACAUACUUCCAAAUGGAUCACUGAAAAGCAAAGCUUUAGUGUUGGUAAUAAUAAGUCUAUCGAAGAUAUUCAAUGGUCUAAGACAGAACAAACUGUCUUUGCCACUGCUGGAUGUGAUGGGUAUAUUAGAAUCUGGGAUACAAGAUCUAAGAAACAUAAGCCGGCUAUUUCCACUAGAGCUUCAAACGUCGAUGUUAAUGUCAUUAGUUGGAAUGAAAAAAUGGAAUAUCUGUUGGCAAGUGGUGAUGAUAAAGGUGUCUGGGGUGUCUGGGAUCUAAGACAGUUCUCCCCAUCCCAGGAAAAUGCCUCCCCAGUGGCUCAAUACGACUUCCAUAAAGGUGCUAUCACAUCGAUUAGCUUCAACCCCUUGGACGAAUCUACUGUGGCUGUGGCCUCCGAAGAUAACACCGUCACUUUGUGGGAUCUUUCUGUGGAAGCCGAUGAUGAAGAAAUUAAACAACAGACUCAUGAAACUAAAGAAUUAGAACAAAUCCCUCCACAAUUAUUAUUUGUCCACUGGCAAAAGGAAGUUAAGGACGUAAAAUGGCAUAGACAGAUCCCAGGGUGCCUGGUAUCGACUGGUACUGAUGGGUUGAAUGUUUGGAAAACAAUCAGUGUUUAA